AUGAUGCAUAAGGAAACGGAUAUUCUGGGAAUUCUGGUAUAUUAUGUGCUGGUGCCUCUAAAAUGCGUUGUCGUUUUUGUGCUUCGAAGAGACGUUAGCCACGUGUUUUCGCAAAUCGUAUAUUUGCAUGCAAUGGAUUCCCUUCGUCGUGAGCAAGCAAUCAUUCUAAAAAAUCCUGAGUUAUUGGAAAGCUUACGUGAGGUUGUCGUAGGUCUUUACCGUGACAGAAGCUUCCACAACAUUGUUCCUUUCGGAGACGUGGUUCUAUGA